CAAGACUUCCAACUCUCUACACCACGCAUAGUCACUCACAUCCACGAUGGCCCAAGCCAGACAAUCAAGUCUCAACGUCCUAUCCAACUGGGCCACCAACACCAACGAACUCGCCCAGAGCAUCGAUCUCGAGAACCACGACACCAAGCUGCCAGAAGUCAUCGAUAACAUCCGGCAAGAACUUACUCAGAUAACUGAAGACACGAGCAAGGCCUCGGAGCACGCGCCAUACACCGAGGAUGAGCAGCAGGCUAUCAGCCAGUCUUAUCAUAAGUUCGUGCAAUCUCAGCAAGUGCUAUUGAAUACUCUAAUUGGAAAACAUGAGAUUCUAUCCAUGACUCCGUUCACGGCCCCACUGGGUACAAUCUUGACCAUGCUAGAGAGCGGGUUUGAUGCCCUCGGGGAUGCUAUUCUUGAAGAGGUUCCUGCAUGUGACCAGGAGGUUAGGGGGAAACGGGACCAGUUGGAUAGUACUUUGGGUCAGGCCAUUGAUCUCUAUAGUUAG